GAAAAGGGCCAAAGAGACCACUGUUCUAUCCUGACUGUAGCACCCAAGCAGGAAACCAUGAAGUUUGGAAAUACUAAUUGUCAGAAUUAACAUGCUAAAUAAUGAGCACUACAGAUAAAGUAUAAGAAUGGACAAAGAGUCACUGACUUCAGAAGAAAUGAGUUCAGAAAAUUGGCAGUGAAAAAAUGGCUUCCCAAAAUGCAGUUCAUGACACAAGUCGUAAUAAUACCUUUAAAAAGCAACAGCAGGCUUCAUCUAACUUUGUAUGAGCUUCCUUGCGACCUUUAAGGGUACCUGGAGGAAUGAACUGUCUGUCCCCUUCGGGUGACUCGCUGUCGUCUCCCAACAAAGUUAAGGGACAAAUUCAGAUCAUCUUCGGGCCGAUGUUCUCGGGGAAAAGUACAGAACUGAUGCGCCGGGUAAGAAGGUUUCAGAUUGCUCAACACCAGUGUCUUUUGGUAAAGUAUGCAAAGGACACUCGGUACAGCAAAGAAGAUCUGGCUACACAUGACAAAUUUACAAUGCACGCAGUUUCUGCGACAAAGCUGAGUGAAAUUUAUCAAGAAGCUUUGCAAUCAGCAGUUGUUGGAAUUGAUGAAGGACAGUUUUUUCCAGAUUGUGUUGAAUUCUCUGAGGAAAUGGCUAACAGGGGGAAGACUGUGAUUGUAGCCGCACUAGAUGGAACAUUCCAGCGGAAAGCUUUUGGCAACAUUUUGAACCUGGUUCCACUGGCGGAGAGCGUGGUGAAACUCAGUGCUGUGUGCAUGAAUUGUUACCGAGAAGCUGCCUAUACCAAGAGGCUGGGCUUUGAGAAAGAGGUUGAGGUGAUCGGGGGAAUGGACAUGUACCGGGCCACCUGCAGGCUCUGCUACUUUGCAAAUGAUGAUCAGCUAACUAAGCAGGAUCACAAGGAAAACGAGUUCGCUGGUUGGCCACCGAAAACCGGACAGCUCUUGGCUUCAAAUCAUUCUGCCUUUGGGGACAAGGCCAAAUUGCCAAGGAAACUCUUUGAAAACUUGCAGCCUUCAAACAGUGCAGCCUACCCCUGUUCCUGAAGUCUACCCUGGUGCUGCCAUUAUUCCUUUUGCUAUUCCCUUUACAUUGAGAUCUCGACUGUUGUUGGAGGCAGUUUUCAUUCCUUUAUCAUUAGUUGCUCAGCAUCUAAGCACUGGCAAAUGGAGGUGCUUGAUCAGAGCUCUCAGCCACUAAUACAGCUUCUACAUAGUUCACGGUGAGCAGUCUGUAAAGGUAACCCUGUUCCCAAAGUAGUUGUGCAGCAAAAACUAAUUGUCUGUUUGCUUAAUGAGGAAAGAUGUUCAUAUUGGAUUAAGAUUUUCCUGUUAAUAAUGUCAACUUGUUCAUUGAAGUGGUCAAAUAGGAAAUUUUACACCAUAGUUCAGUGGCCACAAUCAUCAAUAAUUACUGAGUCUGUAUCGGUUACAACUCCUCCAUUCCCAAAUGUAUUCAUCUGAAGCUUCAGUGUUAGUGUGAUGGUAUUCAUUUAUGUUGUUGGCACUUAUUUUACAGCAAGCUUAAUGCUGGAGACCAUUAGUAAUUCUGUACAAUAUUGGUAAGAGGAAAAGUUUUCUAACCGAAACAAUGUUGCUGUGCACUGUGAGAUUUUGUAUUAAGGCUGCAAAUAUUGAAGGCAAUGGUUUCAAAGGUUAUGAAUUUUUAAACUUGGUAUAUUUGUGACUUCAGAAUCAACAGCUUUGAUGCCAGUGUCGGAAUAGUUCAUGAGCAUAUUCACUUGUUACUAAAUUCAUUACAAUGAAUAAUAUUGCAGAAUAAUAAAAAUAUAAUUCUCUAAUUA